AUGUUCCUUUCUACCUCUCGUAUUGCCCUCGCUCUCGCUCUCGCUUCCAGCGUAUUUGCCGCUCCCUCUGGAUUCCGAUCCCCGCACAGUUCCCAAAGCUCCUCGAGUUCCGGUGCUGCGUAUUUCAUUACAAAUGAUCCCUCCGGGAACCAGAUUAUAGCGAUGAACAUCGCAUCGAAUGGGAAAUUGAGCGGUGUGAGUGCGGUCAGCGCAGGCGGACGUGGCGCACAUGGAAUCAGCAACCCGAUCGGGCCUGACCCUCUCUUCUCGCAAGGCGCGAUCAAGGCAAGCGCGGCGGCGAAGAUGUUGGUCACCGUCAACCCCGGCUCGAAUACACUGUCGAUGUUCGCGAUCAACCCAAACAACCCGACAAAGCUGACUAUGGUCGGAAGUCCAGUUUCGUCGGAGGGCGAGUUCCCCAUGUCGGUAGCCAUCAAUGCAAAAGGAAGCAUGGUAUGUGUUCUGAACGGUGGUACAGUGAAUGGAGUCAACUGCUACACCCCUGACUCGAAGUUGGGAUUGAUCGCAAAGCCAAAUACUCUGCGCUCGCUAGGACUGAACCAAACUACGCCCGCUACUGGGCCUGCGGGUACAACUAGCCAUAUCGUGUUCAGCGAGGAUGGUUCCAAGCUCAUUGCAUCUGUCAAGGGUGUCCCUCCCACGCCUGGCUUCCUUGCUGCAUGGGAUAUCGCCGCCGACGGCUCACUGUCAGCCGAACCUGUCAAAUCGACUCCUGCAGCUGGAGGAUUGCUCCCAUUCUCCAUGACAGUGAUUCCGGGCACCAACGCGAUCCUUGCGACCGAUGCUGGAGUUGGUUUCGACAUCUUUGACUUUGGUUCUGGUGGCAACGGCACAAGCAGCGGUGACAGCGCAUCGUCAUCCGUUGUCCCUAUUGACGGGCAGUCAGCUACUUGCUGGUCGAGCUUCAGUUCCAAGUCGGGCAACUUCUACUUGACGGACAUUGGUACCGCUACUGUCACUGAGGUUAACGUCAGCAAGAACCUUACAGGAAGCAUUGUGAAGGACGCUGACCCUAUAAUGCAGCAAUACCCUCAAGCCAAGGGCUCCGCCACGAUUGAUAAUGACGUGGCCACCGUUGGAAAAAACAACUUCCUGUACGUUCUGGCAGCCAACGCCACUACUGUGAACGUCCUUUCCGUCAACACCCCAGGCAAGGCCACCCCAGUUCAAAACUUCAACUUCGCCUCUGCUGCCAAGGCCGCUGGAAUCAAGUUUGAUAAGAACAACUUGCAGGGAAUGACCACUUUUGUUAGGGAUUGA